UAAGCCAAAGUACAACAAUGGCAGUGCUCUAGAUAGCCUCAGUACAGGAAACAAACAUGGUCUAAAUGGGAGUACCGGCUACAUCCUUUUCUUCCACUUUAAAAUACCAACUAUACCAUCAUGGGUUCAAACAACAUGCACAGCCCUGUGCUCCUGGUACUUCCUCCAGAGGUCACCAGUCCUGAGUACCGAACAACAGAACUUACAGCCACAGCCUAUGAAUCCCAAAACCGAGUGCAGAAAGUCCUUAUUAGAAAAUUGAAGAUCUUAGGGACCACCCAGAUCCUGUUUGGAAUCAUGAACUUUUCGUUUGGAGUUGUUUUCCUUUUCACCUUGGUAAACCCAUACCCAAGGUUCCCUUUUAUAUUUAUCUCAGGAUAUCCAUUCUGGGGCUCUGCUUUGUUCAUUAACUCUGGAGCCUUUCUGAUUGCACUGAAAAGGAAAACUACAGACUCUCUGAUAAGAUUGAGCCAGGUGAUGAAUAUACUUAGUGCCCUGGGAGCAGCAGCUGGAAUCAUUCUCCUCAUAUUUGGUUUCCUUCUAGAUGGAGAAUUCAUCUGUGGCUAUUCUCCAGAUGGCAUUCAGUGUGGUGCUAUUACCGUCCUAUUCAUUGGGAUUUUGAUUAUGUUGAUGAUCUUCAGCAUUGCUGAACUCUUCAUUUCCCUCUUUUCCUCGAUUUUGGGAUACUCCUCAGAUCAACUUGGGCAAUGCUGUUGUUGAAUAGCAGAUGUGCAAAUAAAGAUACAAAAUGAUACAA